GGCGUCAAAAGCCCCACGUCCCGGACUUGGGGAGGGAGGUGUCAGGCUCUCUGGCCCCGACCUCCAGUCCUCCGGGUUUGGGCAGAAGAGAGCCUCCCCUCCACCCUGGCCCCGGGUCGGCUCCGCGGCGUACCUGGUCGCCGACACCCAGGCCGUAGUAGCCGUGCGUCACCACCUCCCAGUGCAGGAAGCAGAUGAUCGCGUCCUGCGCGCAGGUGAUGGCCGGCGCCACCGACGCGAACAGCACCUCCAGGCCCGCCAUGGGCGCCGGCGGCUUCUGCGGGCGGGAGAAGGAAGGACAAGACUGCGGUGAGCUGGCGCAGCCCUCUGCGAAAGGAUGCUGAGCUUCGCUCCUUAACUCGUUCCAGCCCCGCCUCCACCUGCAGCAGAAAUGGAGCCUCCCGGGGCCGGAGCGCAGCCCCCGGAAGUAGCUCCAAGCGCCGGCGAAGCAGCGCGAGCGCGCGCCCGGCUGGAAACGCGAGAGCUACGCUUAAGGUUCCGCCAGCCAGCGCCCAGGCGGCGCGGGGUCGGGCCCUGGGGGCGGCGGCCCUUCCUCCCUGGGAUCCCCAUUUCCGGGCCCCAGGCAGGACCAUUACUUGUGGGGCGAGGAGAGGCUUCCUUGCACUGAACCACAGACUUCGUAUCCUCAAAAUGGGUAGGCGUAUGCCAGUUUGGAAAGCUAGCAGUCGAAAGUCCACGUGAUGGCAGGGCCCCAGAACUGUUCUUACUGGGAUCGCCGUGUGCUGAGGGAUGGUGCUGAUUAGCUGCCAGCACUGGGCUUGCCAGCUGGACAUGCUGGUGAGGAGCGUGGGCUCUGGAGCUAGACAACCUUUGGCUCACAAAUAUGGCUCUGCUGCUUACGAACUUUGCAACUUUGGAUGGUAAAACUGAGCUCCAGCCAACCGACAGAUGCAUGAGGUAUAAUAGUAAAAUUUUGUUGUUUUAAGCCAGUGAGAUUGUGGGUGGUUGUCACACACCAGUAGCUGACUGAUACAGGGAGGUGACUUGCUCAAAGCCCCAUACUGAGUUGGAGGUACCACUGGUGGUCUCUGGUUACCCUGCUGUUGUGUCAGUGUUUCCUGCAGGGUGGAUGGAGCACCAAGGGUGUACACAGGUGACACAGGCAGGACUCAGAUAGGACUCGAAAAAGCACAGAAUCACGCAGGGGAAAUGCAAUUCCAUUUCCAAUUCUUUGUCAGUCCUUAUGAUGCCAUUAAUGAGAAAGUCUCAGUUAGGUGCUGAUACGUCUUCAACACCUCUCCAACACUUGUUAAUCUUUUUUAACAAAGGGAGAACAGGCCUUGGGUCCAAAAUUUUCGGGUAGGCAAGAAUAUCUAGCAAUAAUUUAAUAACAUUUAGUUUUUAUAUGUUGUAUUUAUUUUUACAGAUACCUUCUAGGCAAAACAAGAGAUAAAUACUAGUUUUCCACUUAUAGUUGCAAUGUUUUAAUUUUUCAAUACAUUUAAAUACAUUUAUUUAAGUGAGAAAAUAAUUUAAAGAAAAAUACAGAGUCAAUAAAAAUAUAGAUGUUGGUGGGAUCUGGCCAAAACUGUUUCAUGUUAAUGUAGUGUCCCGCUGUGGCAGAGGACACAGCUGCGCUGUUGAGCUGGGUGCUGAACUGGAGGGUGUGGGGGUUCGAAACAUCAACAAGGUCACAGGGCUGCCUAGGGUGGGACUGCCAAAACUCCUUUCCAGAAUUCAUACACCAAGAUUGCUUUAUAUUACAUGGUAACUCGGGACUGUGAUUUGGAGCCAGGAGGGCUGGCUUUCACCAGCUCUCUGGAUGACCUCAGCUGGACGCCUUGCCCUGUCUGCAUCUAAGAAAAUGGGCACUGGUCUGGGGGGCAACUGCACAGGCUGUGUCAUCUGCUCCGAGGAGAAUGGCUGCUCCACCUGCCAGCAGAGGCUCUUCCUGUUCAUCCGUCGGGAUGGCAUCCGCCAGUACGGCAAGUGUGUGCAUGACUGUCCCCCUGGCUUCUUCGGCAUCCGCGGCCAGGAGGUCAACAGAUGCAAAAAAUGUGGGGCCACGUGCGAGAGCUGCUUCAGCCAGGACUUCUGCAUCAGGUGCAAACGGCGGUUUUACCUGUACAAGGGGAAGUGUCUGGCCACCUGCCCUCUGGGCACUGCAGCCCACCUGAGCACACGGGAGUGCCAGGAGGAGUGUGAGCUGGGCCCCUGGGGCAGCUGGAGCCCCUGCACACACAACGGCAAGACCUGUGGCUCAGCCUGGGGUCUGGAGACCCGGGUACGAGAGGCCAGCCGGGCUGGGCAGGAGGAGGCAGCACACUGCCAGGUGCUGUCCGAGUCGAGGAAGUGUCCCAUCCAGCAGCACUGCCCAGGAGAGAAAACCCCCAGCCAGAAGAAGGGCCGGAAAGACCGGCGCCCCCGCAAGGACAAGAAGGCGGCCGUGAGGCCCCCCCAGCCGCAGGCCUGAGACCCUGGCCGCCAGCAUCCCCGACUGCAAGCCCCAGGCUUCCUGGCUGCUGGCUCUUAUUCUUUGCUCCUUUACUUUCUUGCUUUUAUUUUCUAUUCUCUCUCUCUCUCUCUCUCUCUCUCUCUCUCUCUCUCUCUCUCUCUCUCUCUCUCUCUCUCUCUCCCCCUUCCCCCCCUUUUCUGGGUUAAUCUACCUUUCCUUUAUUUCUUUCAUCGCCAAGGUUUACCCCCCCUUCCUCCCUCCCUUUUUUUUCUUUCCUUUUUACUGUCUGCCUUUCUCUUCCUUUUUUCCUUUUUUCUUUCUUUUCUUCAGGUAUUCUCCCUCCUUCCGUCCCUUCUCCUCUCCCAUCCCUCUUUCCUCCCCCCCAUCCCACACACAUGCACACACUUUAAGAGAGAGACCAUCUGCCAACCACAGCCUGUGCCUUCCCCAGCAGAGAAAAACGAGCAUCUUUUUCUAGGCCUUUCCCUAACCCUGCCCUUGCCAAGGCAGUGCUUCCAAGAGGUGGGGCCCGGGCCCAGGCCAGGCCAACUCGUUGAGCCGUGAAAGCCCUGCUCCUGCUCCAGAGGAGACCCCAGAACCCAGGUUGUGAGUGCUUUGUCCUCUGGCCAUCCCAGAGGCCAUUUCCACAGGCCUUGGCCACCACCUCCUCCAAGGAGCCCCCUGGACAAGGCCCUGUGUUCUCGCUGUGGCAGCCGAGUCGGUCUCCUGGAGCUGCCUGCCACACCCCAUCAGUGCGCCCUUGCCACACACAGCCCCACAGCUGCCGGGCCCCCUGCUGCCCAAGCCGAACACACUCCCAAGUCCCUUGGGGACCCAGGGGCUGGCUCAGGUGGGGCUGUUGCCCUGGGAGAACCCCCGGAUUAGCCCAGAAGAGGAUGACGAAGCUGAAAGGAACUUUGAGAUUAUCCAGGCCACUCCAACCCCACCUGGCACCCCCUGCCCAUUGCCCAUGGGGAAACUGAGGCUGGAAGGAAGGGACUUGCAACCACAUACUCUGCCUGCCCCCACUGGUUGUCCUGCUCAGCACGUCCACAGCUGAGGGGAAACUUCAGGGCCUUUGGGGAGGGGAUGAAGGAAAUCAAGGGCAAGGGAAGUUUCCCCUCCCACCCACAUCCCUGCCGGCACCCUGAGCUUUCAUGUUUCACUGUGACUGCCCCGCACCCAGGCAGGGAAGACAACAGAGGAGUCUCCAGGUUAGAGUAAUCGAAUCGGUCUGUCCUCACAGCCUGUAUCACACUCCCUGGCCCCCCUGAGUCCCAGGGAGGGACAUUCCCGACUUGGUUGGCUGGCUGGCCUGACCUCCCAGGGCCACCUGACAGCAGUUGGGAGCAGAAUGGGCAGGUGGAGGGAGGAGCCUGAGGCCAGACAGGCCUGAGGGUGGUUUAGGCAAGGUGGGAAUGUCGGCAUCUGGAGAAGGCACAGUAGGUGACCAAAUAUCAUAUUCCCCACUCCAAGAGAGGGCAUGCCCUCAGACCAGCCCUCCACCUGGCAGACGGGGUCCCCUAGCACCCAAGGCCCAGCCUCACCCUCACUUCCUCUCUCCCCUCUCCCUGAAGACAGUUAGAGCCCCUCCCACCCAACCAGGCCACCAGCUUCCCAUCUGCAAAAGUUUAUGCCUCUCAGAUGCUCUUGUUGUUUCAAGACCCUAACUGUUUUGUUUUGUUUUUUUAAUA